CACCGCGUCACCGCUACCUCGUGCUUAAGAAACAUGAGAAUCGGCACUUCAGGACUGUCAGGGCGAUAAGUGGGUUGACAUCGCGCCGCAUCUCUUUCGUUCACCUCAUCCCUCUGUUUAUUGAAGUGGGUUGCUAGAAAAAAGCACGUCUCAUUCUUUUGGAUUGUGCUCGUCGUCCAGCGGAACUCAGCAUCGGUACAUUGUUCCCACGCCAAACACUUGAUUUCCACGACAAAGCACGAGUUAGCAGGGUCACUACCUGCUGGAAUGUUGUCUCUCCCAACAGAGCACAGGACACCCAAAUGGAAAGUACCAUGUUGGGUGAGGUGACCCCUGGGCAGGAGAAUGGCUUCCCUGCUUGUUGUGCACCUACACCCCCAGGAAAAAUGGUUUAUUCCACUAACUCAGGCCCUGAGGAGGCAGGGGAAACUGGCCGGGCUUUCUUUACCCAUGAGGUGGGUGUUUUUUUGAACAUCUCAGGGUUGCAGCUCAGAGCGCCUCAUGAGAUAGUUAACAUUUCGACCAGGAACAGUUCUUUUCUUCAGCCUGGGUUGUCUGUGGACAAAGGGGCUUUGACUUUUGGCCUUAGCGUGCCCCUCAGGGUGUUUUUUGUCAUUGUGAUGGUCUCCAUAUUGCUGGUGGCAUUCCUGGGGAAUGCGGUGGUCUGCCUGCUGGUCUACCAACGUCCCACCAUGCGCUCUGCCAUCAACAUCCUGCUGGCCAGCCUGGCCCUCACCGACAUGCUGCUGGCCAUCCUCAACAUGCCCUUCACGUUGGUUACUGUGGCCACCGGCCGCUGGACCUUCGGGGAGGCGCUCUGCCGGGUGUCAGCCGUGUCCUUCUGGCUGUUUGUCACGGGGGGAGCGGCUGUCCUGCUCGUCAUCAGCGUCGACCGCUUCCUCAUCAUCGUGCGGAAGCAGGACAAGCUGAGUCCGCGCCGGGCAAAAGCGCUCAUCGCUGCCUCGUGGGGCGUGUCUCUCCUCUUUGCCUUCCCACUGGCCGUUGGCGACCCACGCUCACGGGGCCCCCUGGGGGCUGCGGAGUGCGUGUUUGGCUACGCUGCCAACGCAGGCCACCGCGCCUACGUGAUGCUGGUCUCAUCCGUCGUCUUCUUCGUCCCUUUCGUGGUUAUGCUCUGCUCCUUCCUGGGCAUCCUCAACGCCGUGCGCCACAACGCCGUCCGCAUACACGGCAACGGUCUCCCAGACAGCGGCGGCCUCGGCCAGGCCGGCAAGCUGGGUCUCUCCGGCGUACAGAAGCCCAUCCCAGUCAACGUCGACAUGAGCUUCAAGACACGAGCCUUCGUCACCAUCCUCAUCCUCUUCGCGGUCUUCACGGCCUGCUGGGCGCCCUUCGCCACCUGCAGCCUCAUCUCCGGCUUCAACAGAGGCCUAUACUGCGGGGAGAGCCUCUUUGAAAUCAGCACCUGGUUCCUCUGCCUCUGCUACCUCAAGUCGGCCCUUAACCCUCUGAUUUACUACUGGCGGAUCAAGAAGUUCCGAGAGGCGUGCCUGGAGCUGGUUCCCCGGCACCUGAAGCUCCUGCCCCAGAUCCCGGGCCACUCCAGGAGACGGGUCCGCCCGAGUGCUGUGUACGCGUGCGGGGAGCACCGCGCUGUCGUGUGAGAGCUGCUGCUGCUGCCGUUGCUGAUAUCCUUGCUUUUGUGGUGGAGCCACGACAAAAUGACAGCUGUUGUUUAAAAAAAUAGCACUUGAUUUUGAACAUACUGGAAGAAGGUCCCUUAUAUAGGAGACCCUCGCCAUUUGUGGAUCCGUGAUUUGUGCGAUAUUUGCAGCAGGCAGAGGUCCCCAAUCCUUGCUUCACUCACCAUUCCGAGCGCUGUGGCAGCCUAUUCUGUCUUAUUAUUUUACAUAUUACAGCUGUUUAUAGCAUUUUUAUGCAUAAAUAUACAAAUGAAUCACUUGUAUACUGCAGUAAAGUUUUGUUCUUGUACUGAAAGUGUUGUUGUUUUGUUUGGGGAACCAAUCCCCUGUGUGCACAAGUCUUUAUUAUUGGUGCAGUACAGUAUUUACAUAUAACUGUCAGAACACUGGCAGAAAUCUCUAGAACCUAGCCCCAGAAAUGGCGAAGGUCUCCUCUAUUUAUACAAGCUGUUGUUAGUGCCUAUGACUUGUCAGUAAAACUAG